GGCAGAUUCAACCGGGGCCCGCUAGCGGCCCCUGCGUGGGGCCCUCCGGAUUAGCCAGUGGGCGGCCCAUUUCUCUAAAGAAAUGAUCCGGGGCGCGCGGAACGCCACGAUUGUUCCCCAUGGCAGACAUCUCAGUAUUGAGCCUUCGGGGAUUGUCUUCGAAAACAUCGAAGCCAACAUGAAGUAUAUCCAGACAUUGGUGGUGAGAAAUCUCAGCACCUAUGUCAAGCGCAUUCGCUUCCAGGUGCCAAAAUCUCAAGAAUUUAGGAUAGUCACGGAGAAUGAAAUUGGAGUAGCACCUGGACUUUCUGUGUCCGUGGACAUUGAGUUCCUGACCAGAAAAGCAGAUGACUUUUAUGACACCUUGGUGGUCGUGGCAGAGGACUUCCGUGGUGAAGUGGAGCUGUGCGCUCAAGUGCCACGGUCAGCACGCAAAGGCGGCGAAGGUGUCGCCAGUUCCGCGAUGCGAGGACAGUCAAGUCCCACUGAAACCAUGGAGAAGGCCGAUCGACAUGGCAAGCGAAAUGAAGUGCCAACCGAGGACUUCAAUCCUGCUUUGCCGAAGCUUGAAAGUUCGGAAAAGGUGGUGCCUUCAAUCAAGGUGAGUCCGGACAUGCUCCAUUUUGGGCAGUGCCCUGUGAAUCAGCGGCGGGAUAUUGUUCUGCGGAUAACCAACAGCAGUCCGCAAAACACGCCCAUCGAGUUCGAGAUUCCUAGAGUACCUCACAUGCGGGUCCAUCCCAUGAGGGGCAAGCUGGCACCGGCGCAAAAUACCAAUGUGGUGGUGUCUUUCAUGCCCAAGGCACUUGGGAAGUACAACCAAGACCUUUGCAUCAAGUACGGGAAUAGCCAGUACUCGCACACCAUGCACUGCUACGGCGAGGCUCCAGUGAUUGGCGAAAAGCCUGUGCCCGUGAAGGGUCUGGAGCGAACCGGCAGAGACUUUGAUCCUGAGUACGUUUACGUGAACCAGGACCAGCUGAAUCUGCCACCAAGAGCUCGCAACCUUCAAAGCCUCACAAAGAUCAUGAAGGAAGAUUUGGAAAGAAACCAACAUUCUUCAGAUGCCUUGGAUUCCAUCAUGCUUGACUUGCCAGAGCCCACUCCGUAUUCCCUGUCGCCUUCGGCAAUGCAGGAACAUGUGAGAAACAAGCAGCGGUACAACAAGAUGCUGAAGGACUCCAGAAUACGACGGAAGAUCCGGGCGAAGGAGGAGAUCCAUCCCUCGGAGCCAAUCGACAUUUUCUACGAAGAUGAUGUCAAUAUGGGACUUGUACCUGGAUCCGGAUUGAAGAGUCCACGCUACAACGUUGACGAUAUUCCGGUGGACAAACUACACUUAGAGCGGGCUCUGGAUGAUGACAGUGCUGCGGAAGGAGUCACUGGACACCGUUACAUGCAUGAUGAGAACAAACUCAUCAAGAAGAAGUACAAGGCUGGACCUACCACCCAGGCGGAGGUGCGAGAAUGCUCUGCAAGUCUGGAAAGCUGGCAGUUGGGAUUGAUCUCCUUUGGACCCGCGGUCUUGGACUUCGGAAAUGUCUAUGUGAAAUCGACGGCCGUGAAGUCUUUCUCUGUCUUCAAUGACCUGCCGCAGGCUAUCCUCGUGGCGAUGCAAUACGAUGCAGAGGAGUUGAGUCGAUCUGCACCAACCUCACAGGUGGUGCCCUCCGCCCACGCUGCGGGGUUUGACGUCUCCGUGUGCUCGCCGACACCGCAAUCCUUCCAGAGACAGGUCGUGUACACCAUCAAUGGAAUUCACCCCUACAAAUUGUUGGUCAAGGCAACCAUUACCCCGGUGCAGAUCCGGAUGUCUCGGGCAGAUCUGAACUUCCGUUUCGGAGAGGACAGCCUAGAAAAGACUUUGUCCGAAAAGUUAAUGCUGGACAACCCAGGCAACGCUCCUGCGAAGUUCAGCUGGCAGGGAUCCAACCAGUCCUUCAGCGUAUCACCGAUGAGUGGAGUUAUCCCUCGUGGUGGAUCUCAAGGGGUGGAGGUCAUCUUUUCGCCGCCGAACAGCGGACAAGUCAUGGAGGGCUUCCUGACACUCAAGGUGGAAGACGGAAACGAUCAUAGCCUGCGUUGCGUGGGGCAAGCGCCGGAGGCGAACAUGAAUUUUGGCGUAAAGAGGUUGGACCUGGGCGUUUUGGCCGUUGGGUUACCAGCAGAUCGCUCCAUCCCCAUCGUCAACGGUGGAAAGAAUGUGGCAGUGUACCACGUGGACAGUGUCCCUGAUGGUGUUGGCAUCUCACCCAUGCGUGGGCGAGUGUCCCCAGAGGGUCGAGCUGAAAUCGAUGUGCACGUGCUGCUGGACAGGCCGAUGCAGCUUGAGUCCGCCAUCACUCUCAACAUCCGAGGAGGCAAACCCAUUCGCUUGCCGAUCAUGGCCACGGCUGUGAAUCCCAACAUCGAAUUCAUGGAGGAUGAAAUUGAGUUUGGUCAGCUGACCCUUGGAGCACAAGGGGUUGUGCCCAUCUCCUUGAAGAAUUCCUCUGCGGUGGAAGGGACUCACUACGUCAACCUGCAGCCAUACCCCGAGUUUAGUCUUUCUCUUCUGGAGGAGCGAACCGAUACGGUCUAUGAUGCCGAUUACGACGCCACGGCAUUGCAGCCAAUUUCUUUGCAGCAGUAUCAACUGGCCAUCGGUGGUGUCACAGAAGCUCAAGCGGCGCCCUCUGCCACCAUGGGCGGUGCCAAGACUGCCUUGAUAGGAGCGACCCAAAAUGCCGCGCAGAUCGGCACACAGAAUGAGGACGAGGAUGAGGAGUCCAAUUCGCAGGUCUACAAAAUUUCCGUUCAACCCAACUACACCCUCCAGUUGCAGCUCACCUACAAGCCGACAGAUCUGGGUCAACACUUUUUUGAGUUUCCGAUCGUUGCCGCUGGCGGUGGGAAGAGUGAAGGAUUGCGCAAGGUGGUACAUGCAGAGGCACUUCGACCUCGCAUGCUUUUCAGCUCCUUGCCGAUUGGGACGCCGCUGAACAGCCAAUCCUAUGAAACAUAG